ACUAUGAAAGAAAUUACAUACGAGACAGUUCAGCUUAAAUCAUUAAAUUAUCAGUAAAAUUAUCAUUUUCACUUUUUUUUACUUAUUCUUUCACAGCACCAUUGUUAAUUUCACCAACGUUACGUGUCUUAAUCGAUACUCAUUCUCCAUGUUUAUUAUAUAUAGAAACAUCUAUCUAACCCGAAAAUCGCAAAACAAUAGGGAUCGAGAGUCGAGAGCAGAGGCACAGAUCUAGCACUAGCACCACCAUUUCCGUUCCUCUCGCUCUUCUCUCUUUCUCUCUUUCUCUCUCCACAAGUCAUGGGAUUCCCAUCCAACGGCUCAGAAGAAAAGUCCCUCAAGUUUCUAAUAUACGGUCGCACCGGAUGGAUUGGAGGACUCUUGGGCAAGCUCUGCACAGCCCAAGGGAUCCAAUUCGAGUACGGGUCGGGUCGUCUUGAGAACCGAUCCUCCUUGGAAUCUGACAUAGCGGAGGUUAAACCAACACACGUGUUCAACGCUGCCGGUGUUACGGGUCGACCCAACGUCGACUGGUGUGAGACGCAUAAAGUGGAGACUAUCCGCGCCAACGUGGUGGGGACUCUUACUCUCGCUGAUGUGUGCCGUGAACGUGGACUCGUUGUUAUCAAUUUCGCCACCGGGUGUAUUUUCGAGUAUGAUUCCGGUCAUACUCUUGGAUCCGGUGUUGGAUUCAAAGAAGAAGAUACGCCUAAUUUCAUCGGUUCGUUCUACUCCAAAACCAAGGCUAUGGUAGAGGAUCUACUCAGGAACUAUGAUAAUGUAUGUACCUUGAGAGUGAGGAUGCCUAUUUCAUCCGAUCUAUCCAACCCUCGCAAUUUCAUCACGAAGAUAUCUCGGUAUGAGAAGGUUGUCGAUAUUCCAAACUCGAUGACUAUAUUGGACGAACUUCUUCCCAUUUCCAUAGAGAUGGCAAAGAGAAAUCUCACUGGAAUCUGGAACUUCACAAAUCCAGGAGUUGUUAGCCACAAUGAAAUCUUACAGAUGUAUAAAGACUAUAUCGAUUCCGACUUCACAUGGAAGAAUUUCACUCUUGAGGAACAAGCCAAGGUGAUAGUUGCUCCGAGAAGUAACAACGAGCUAGACGCAGGCAAAUUGAAGAAGGAAUUUCCAGAACUGUUGUCUAUUAAGGAGUCACUCAUUAAGAAUGUGUUCAAGCCAAAUCAGAAGGUUAAAGCUUGAGGAGCAAGGUUCACAAUUUUAUCAAAUGUUGUCAUUGUUUUCAAUUUCAUUAUUUAUUUCAGUUUGUGUGGAUGCUGCAACGUUGUGCUUCUCAGUUCAUAUGACUCAAUGUCUGUAAUUUUUAUUUAUAUGUUGUAUUUUUAUUGACUCCAUGAAUAAAUUAGUUCCAAGUUACUCAUGAAGAAUGAAUUUUUUUGUUUGCUUGUA